AUGGAUUUAUCAAACUUGUCAAAUACUCUACCGCAUCUGAAACCGUUGCUGCAUCGCAAAAUAGACUCGAAUAGAAAGCAAGAACGGGAACAGGAACAAGAAGAGGACGAAGACGGCGUGGCAAAGUCUUCAUCAUCGCCGAUACCUUCGUCCACGUCCACUUCGACUUCGACUUCGACAUCGUCGCAAGCAAGUCUAGCCGACUAUGCCGAUCUUACUUCAAACUUCAAAGAUGCAGCCAAAGCAAUAGCUUCACUAUAUAACACUGCCUUGAACAUGCUGAAACAAAACGCUGGUGAACCAGAUGAUCCGUCGUCGUCGCUCUCAACCAUAUUGAAAACGGAAUUUUCAAACGCCGCCCGGUCAGUCGCCUCGUUGUACAAGAUGGGGCAGACUACACAUGCGAAAUCUUAUGAGCAAGGCUCGUUGGAUUGCAUAGAUGAGCUAUUGCAAGUUUUGACUAAUGACGAAGAUGUUGAAAAUUGGGCAUUGACCCGGAGAGCAGAAAUCAUCAACAACAAUAAGAAAAAGGACGCCUCCAACACCGCCAUAAGCUCUUCUCAGGUGUCGAAUACCUCGAAUCUAGCAGCAGCAGCAGCAGCAGCAGCAGCGAUGCCGACGUCACCAACGACAACAGGGUUUACCAAUGACUUGGAGGGUUUUAAAAUCCCUCAUGAUUUUGAAUUUCAGUAUACCCUGGAUUUAAAACCACCUGUGCCUAUAAGACCCAGUAUACCACCGAUUUCCAUACAACACAAUCUAAGCCAGCGUAAUCCUAUUGUCAAUAAAAAGAACCGGUUAUUACAUCAGCAAAUGUACAAGAAGUUUUACUCGUCAGAGGAUUCGAGUGAAAGCGAAGGCGAUGAUAACAAUAAUAGCAGCAGACGAAUCAAAGUUUUCAAAGACCAUCUGAAUAGCCCAGCAAAGAAAAAGAGUAAGAAAAAGUAA